GUGCGCGUGAUAAAGGAUGCGUGCGCGGGCCCGGCUGCAGUGGUCGAUUUGUGUUCCGCGGCGCGUGUUUGAGUGUGUUUUUGUGUAGUUUUGUGUCGUGGCGGUUGCUGGUGUGGGUUAAAUGUAGGAGCAGCGCGAGAUGGCCGAUCUCUCUCUGCUGCAGGACUCACAAGAGGACACGGACGGAUAUGGCUACAGCUCAGAGUCUGACGCCAUUAUAAUCCCCUCAGCUCUGGAUUUUGUGUCUCAGGAUGAGAUGUUGACUCCUCUGGGACGACUUGAUAAAUACAUCAACAGUGAGAACGUCUUUAACAGACAGAUGGUGGCCCGCAGUAUUUUGGACACGCUGCGAGUGAUCAGUGAUGAUGACAGAGAGUGUGUGUGUGUGCUGGAGAGGAUCGAAAGGCUCGCCGAUGACUCGGAGCCGACGGUUCGAGCAGAGCUCAUGGAACAAAUCCCGCACAUUGCGAUAUUCUGUCAGGAGAACCGACCGUCCAUUCCGUUUGCCUUCUCCAAGUAUCUCUUACCCAUCGUGGUGAGAUACCUGGCAGACCAGAAUAAUGUGGUUCGUAAGACCAGUCAGGCGGCUCUUCUGGUUCUUCUGGAGCAGGAGUUGAUGGAUCGAGGUGAUGUGGAGAGUCUGGUGUGUCCUGUGCUGGUGGACCUCACCGCUCCUGACAGUAAUGAUGAUGUGAAAACUGAAGCCAUGGCUAUCAUUUGUAAAAUGGCACCGAUGGUGGGGAAGGACAUCACGGAGCGACUCUUUCUGCCACGCUUCUGUGAGAUGUGCUGCGAUUGCCGCAUGUUCCACGUACGCAAGGUUUGUGCAGCAAACUUUGGUGAUAUGUGCAGUGUUGUUGGAGGAGAAGCUACAGAAGAGCUGCUGUUGCCAAGGUUUUUCCAGCUGUGCUCUGAUAACGUGUGGGGCGUGAGGAAGGCCUGUGCCGAGUGUUUCAUGAGCGUCUCGUCGGCCACGUCUCCAGAAGUGCGGAGGUCGAAGCUCUCUUCUCUCUUCAUCAGUCUGAUCAGCGACCCGUCCCGCUGGGUGCGUCAGGCGGCGUUUCAGUCUUUAGGUCAGUUCAUCUCCACGUUCGCUAGAGCGUGCAGUAACGCGGGUCAGUACUUCAGAGACUCCAGCGGUGAGAGCGACUGGACACACGGCACAAACACAGACGGUGCGUGCGGCAGCUCAGCAGAGACGCCCUCUGUCUCACCGCAGCAGAACUGUGUUUCCCACAAUGCCUCAGGCUGUGAGGAGCAGAGCCGUGAUGAUGAUGAUGAUGAUGUAGGGGAGGAGGGUGGAGGUGAGCAGACAGCUGAGGUUCUGUCAGCUGAUGAUGAGUCUGAGUGCCUUCCUGGAGAGACCGAGAAUCCAUUGACAUCACCCGGACACAACCUCCAGGAGAAGAGCUCUAACGAGAACAUCUGCUGCGCCGCGUCACUGGACAUCCCAGAUCACGAGCUCUUUAACUCCUUCCAUUACUGGAGGACGCCCAUCCCAGAGCUGGACCUGAAUCUGCUGGAGGAGGACAUCCCAGCGUCGACUGCUCCCGCUCUGGACAGAAAACAUCUGGAGGAACUCAUCGAGAACCUGGAGCCGCACAUCGAUGAUCCUGAUGUAAAAGCUCAAGUGGACGUCCUGACAGCCGCUCUGAGGGCCACAGUGUUGGAUUCUGGGAUAGAAGAUGCGUUCCUGGAGCCCCGGCCAGCACAAUCUAACCCCUUCAGUUCCCAGCAGCCCCCUGAUCUCCUGUCAGCCGGCACACAGCUGAGUCGUUAUGAUGAGGACUCGGACGCGAGUGACAGUUUAAAUCCUGAAGACGAGCAGAAAUCUAAACAUCAGGAUGUGGUUCCUCAGGCGUUACUGGAUCAGUAUCUGUCCAUGACCGACCCGUCCCGUGCUCAGACCGUAGACAUGGAGAUCGCCAAACACUGCGCUUACAGUCUGCCCGGCGUGGCUCUGACGCUGGGACGACAGAACUGGCACUGCCUCAGAGACACCUAUGAGACGCUGGCCUCCGACAUGCAGUGGAAGGUCAGGCGGACGCUGGCAUUCUCCAUCCAUGAGCUGGCUCUGAUUCUGGGUGAUCACCUGACAGCCGCUGAUCUGGUGCCUGUGUUCAACAGCUUUCUGAAGGAUCUGGAUGAAGUGCGGAUUGGAGUCCUCAGACAUCUCUACGACUUCCUCAAGCUCUUACAUCAGGACACACGGAGGAAAUAUCUCUACCAGCUGCAGGAGUUUCUAGUAACGGACAACAGCAGAAACUGGAGGUUUCGCUCGGAACUGGCAGAGCAGCUGGUUCUGUUGUUGGAGUUGUACAGCCCUCAAGAGGUUCAUGAUUAUCUGAGACCGCUGGCCUUCUGUCUGUGCACAGAUCGUGUCUCAUCUGUUCGCUGGACGUCUUACAGACUGGUGAGUGAGAUCAUCAGGAAACUGUCCACAUGUUCGGCUCUGCUGGGGAAUUUUCUCAGUGAGCUGGUGGAUAAAUUCUGUCAUUCAUCCAAGUGGUCGGGUCGGCAGGCGUUUGCUUUUGUCUGUCAGUUGUCUAUAGAAGAGGAAUGUCUGACUCUGGAUCAGUUCUCAGAACACCUGCUGCCUCCUCUACUGCAGCUGGCAUCUGAUCCCGUUCCCAACGUACGUGUGCUCCUCGCCAAGACCCUGCGUCAGACGCUGCUGGAGAGAGAAUACUUCCUCAACUCGGCCAACUGUCACCAGGAGGCGCUGGAGCACACGCUGGUCACUCUGCAGACGGAUGUCGACAAGGACGUGAAAUAUUUCGCCAGCAUUCAUCCGGGGAGCAACCGCCUCAAUGAGGACGCCAUGAGCACCACCUCAUCUACAUACUGAACACACGGGUGCCUCUGAUUGGACAGAGACUGAGAAAACUUUCCCAGAAUGCACCUCACUACAGCAGACACAUCUCGGGUUUAUGUGCGUUCUCAUUUGUUUUGCCGCAGAAGCCUUAAAACCGUCUUCCUUACAGCAGGAGAUACUUGAAGAGCUGAAGAACCAUUCAGGUUUCAGCCAGGCGACGGGUCCGUUUUCUUCCUCUCCUGAUGGGACCUAACGCCUGUCUUUCUCUCUCUGUCUGUCUGUCUCUCUGUGAGCUUUACAGAGACGCAGACCGUAGCACAAACGUUUGAUUCUCUGAGAGUCUCAUCAUACUGCAUCAUUACAGUAGUACACAGGUGACGUCAUCACGGGCGUCUGUCUGAUCUCAAGGGCUCGAGUCGUGGCUCAUUUUAAUCUCACGUGCAGCACAUUGUUGUACCGAUGGACGUCUCUCAUAUGAAGAGACGCUCGUCCGCAUAGAAACUAAUGUAAACUUGUAUUUUUUAAAGUGAUAUCACGAGCGGUCCAUUUCGCUGAGAAUGUGAACAUGAUAUUCAACACUUGAAGCCUCAAGUAUUUUAAUGCUAAAAUUCUCUUUCGCUCUUUAUAUGUUCUGUAUAUAUUCUGUUUUUGAUCAUGAAUAGCAUUGCUGUUAUUCUCUUAACCUCUCCAGAAUAAAAUUUAACACAAGAUGA